GCUGGCCGUCUUCGCUACCCGCAUUGUCUUGACGGCCGCUCUUCUUCUGCCGAUACCCGGACAAGAGAAUUGCUAGCAUCUUCAUGGCACCCACGACCCCAUCCAAGGGCUCCGAACCGAAGCCUGGGUCCCUUCCGAGCUCGAACUCUUUCCCGCACCAGGCCUCGGACGUGAAUGACCCCCUGACGCGUCCCCAACGCGCCAGCACCAUCCAGAAUGGCGCGUCCCCGAAGGUCACUAUCAUACAGGACACGCCGCCGGAGAAGGCCCGGAAAGAGAGAACCGAUACGUUUGAAUCAGAGACCUCGGACGAUGUGAUAGAGGCUCCGCGGGCAUCGGUCGACAUGGAGGAGAUACCAAUCGAGUUGGUGAGCAAGACGGACAACUUCAUCGAUUCCCUCACUGCCAGAGUCCACCCGACCCCGCCGAAUAUCGACAAUCUUUCUAGGUUGUUUCAAGACUUUUACCAUGUAGCUGCUUCACAUAUCCAAACACACAUUGCGAGCCUCGCUACUCGGCAAAUGCGGGACCGAGAGGCCUCUCUAGCCUCGUCGAGUUACUCGAGAGCUUCUGCUGCUAGUCUGUUGAGAGCGAAGGCAGCUUCUUUCAGCAAUAAGGAGAAAGCCAAAUCAACACCGUCCAAGGAGGAGCAACAAAUGCUCACAGUCGACGAACUCGCGGAAAGAAAGCGAGCUAGGAGAGCGCUCGAGCAGAAGAGGGUCUUGCUCGAGGAAGCCGUCGAGAGACGGCUCUGUGAGGGCAUAUACUAUCGCAUAUAUCGCCAUAGAAGCACCCAAGACGAGGCGCAGGAUGACAAGCUCAGAUCCAAGACGGCCGCCCUCGCUCUCGUAGGCAUCGGUCCCGGAGACCUGGGAGUUGAUCUCGGCGAUCGUUCUGAGGAGGAGACUCCCGAAUCUCUGGCAAAGAAGCAGGACGAAAUCCGACACUACUUGGAACAAGCUCGUAAAGACUUGAUGCUCAUGCACGAGAAGAGGUAUCCGCUGGGAAAGCUCAAUCACCUCAAAGCCGCCCAUAAGAGCAUCGUGGAUACGCUGUCCCACUUCCACCCCUCCUCGUCGGCGGACGAGAUCAUGCCGAUGCUGAUAUAUACCCUAAUUACUAUGCCACCCGAGAAGCUGAAUGUGAUCAGUGAUUCCAAUUUUAUACAAAGAUUCCGUUGGGAGGAGAAACUCGAGGGAGAAGCCGCAUACUGCUUGACGAAUCUCGAGGCCGCGAUUACCUUCUUACAGACGGUAGAUCUCGCCAGUCUUCGGGCGGACGAAGCCUCGUCGGGACCGCCCAAGCUAGAGAACCAGCCUGGGGUGCCGAGGGCGGAGACGUUCCCGCCAGCUUAUACUGCUGGCCUGUCCGCGUCCGCGUCCAGCUCGGCCGCCGCAGUCCCCGAGAGUACACAGGAUGUGAAGGCCACCUCGUCAUCCGCGAGCUUGCGGGCCGCCGUCCAACGCCGCAGGUUGAGCGAUCUUAUUCAAACGCCAGCUCAUGCUAUCGGGACUGCAAGUGACUCAUUAUUCAGCACCGCCGACCAGAGCUUCAAAACCAUAGGAAUUAGCUUGGGCGAUAGCUACAAGUUCCUUCUUGGCAAACUUCGAGAUAGCUCUGCGAGUGGACGGGAAUUAAUAGUGCCACGAACUCUAGAUGACGCACGGAAACUCAUUGGCACUCCGCCGCCAGACGAUGACGCCUCCGUCGACGGCACAAUCAUAGCUCCGGGAAGCGAGGACAGGAUAUUGUCCCUAGUUGGUGGCAAGGGGACAUCGAGGGAUCGUAGUGCAGAUAGCGCGAGGAGCGCGAGGAGUGCCGGCAGCUCGAAGAGAUUAGCCGAGGAAGCCAAGGAGAAAGCGGCUGCUGCAACGUCGUCAGCUGCACCCAAUCCGGCGCUGGUUGACCAGAUGCGGAGUCUUGGUAAUUCCCUGAACCCCAUGAACCGCUUCUCUGGGAUCGGCAUGAUGCGCGGCUUCGGACGUACAGCCACGGCUCCAGCACCGCCGGCGAAGGACGUCGCGGUUAAGCCGGCAGACGGCGGAGACCUGGCCACGGCCUUCCCGGAUCUUGCCGCGUCCUUACCGCCGAAAGAUACCCCGAAGAUCGACCCCCCCAAGAAGAAAUUCAUGGAGCUCCAGAACCCUGCGGAUUUAAGAAUCGGCGACGUCCUGGAGCUGCUCCGGGACUACCGCCGGCUCGCCGGCGCGCUCAAGGACAUGGAUGCCUUUAAGGAAUAGGCCAACUAACCGAACGUGCGUACGUCAUGGUAACCACGCGCAGUAACGGGCAGGACGGCUAGCUAUCAGAGUGCAUCUGGGACGGGAUCGGAGUAGUGGGCUAUUCUCAACACAUUUUCGCAUGGUACGGAGUUUCCGAGCGGGCAAGGAGACGACGGGAAGAGGCAGUAUUUGGGGGGUUUUUUUUGGUUUUGUUUUUUGAGAUAUUCUGGGGUCUGACAUAGACAGGGGUGGGAUCAGAAGGCUACUCGCGCCCCUCUCUCUACUUACACCAGGGGUGCUUUGAAACAUGAAAGCAUAC